AUGGAGGAGUGGAAAACUAAGAUGAUGUGGGCCGCUGAUUUUGACGAAUCUUUGGCUUUUAAUCUGGAAGAGAAUUGCCUGGAACCAUUGGUCAUCCAGAUUCCCAGGGAAUCUGUUGCAGAAACAGAAGAAGAGAGAUUUGAGAAUGAUCAUGGUGGUUCAAAUGGUGGGUUACAAUCAAAGUAUGGAAAUGUGGAACGCUCCAUCUGGGACAACACUGGAGUGAAAUCAUCAUCAACGCAUCCCCUUUGUGGCUUGACAAAGCCAUUCUGGUCAAAGAAUGAUCGUUUGCAGAUCUGUACUGUGGUGUCAUCAACAAGGAAAGGUGAUGACGAACUACCUGUUUUUUGCGUAGCAGCAAUUCUUUUCAUGAACCGGCAGAAAAUCAUGAGAGACACCCAUUCAAUUGAUGAUCUAAUAAAGGCAGAUGUUUAA